UAACCAUGAGUACUAAAUCUCUUUGUCUCUCCAUUUUCCCCCAUUCUCAAUGUCAACAAAACCAAAAAUUAUCCACAAUAAUAACAAAUUUCCGACACAAUCAGGCGCCGGAAAUAAAGAAGAAGAUGGGAGAAAAAACAUCGCCAAUACUCUCAUCAAUUUUAACCAUUGUCACAAUAUCAAUUAUUUAAUCACUUUUAUUCAUUUCUAAAAAACUUAUAUUACAUUAUUUGAAAAUAGUAAUAAUAAUAUGGAUGUUACUACAAAGGUAUUAUGUGGGCAAGAUUUAUUCAACCCAGUUUUGGCAAUGGGUUUACAAGCCUCUUUGCUUCUUUCGUUGUCUCAUCUCCUUCAAAUUGGUGUUAAGUCUAUUGGAAUUCCCACGCCUAUACCUCAAAUGAUUGCUGGGUUGUUGAUUGGUCACUCAUUUUUGUCUAAUCCAAAUUUGUUUGGAGAAAACUUCAUUCAGGCUAGCUCUGCGGACUACUAUAAUGUGUUGGCGUUUUUCGGUAGAACUUGUGUUGUAUUUUUGAUAGGACUUGAGCUGGAUAUUUCCUAUAUGAAGCGUCAUAUACGUGCUGCGAGUACUAUUGUUGUUGGUUCUGCAUCACCAUGUAUUGUCAUCGCUGGAGCUACCUCUUACUUGAUGUUCACAAACUUUAUAAACAACAAGGCAAGCUUUACGGCUUUUUUCUUUAUUUUUAUGGUGGCAAUAGCUAACUCGGCCUCUCCUCUUAUUAUCCGUUUCAUAUCUGAACUAAGGCUUGGAACUUCAGAUUUUGGGCGUUUGGCUAUAUGUGCUUCUAUGAUUAAUGAUAUCAUAUGUAUAUUCGUCGGGGGUCUAGUGACGAUGAUUAUUCGAGCCCAUUUUAAAUGGACAACAUGGUUAUGGUCUUUGCUUUUCACUGUCGUUGUUUGCUUUAUAGUGAGACGCAUAGCCUUUUUGCUUAACAAGCUAAGUCACGAAAGUCAGUACCUAAAGAAUACUCAAAUUCUUCCUUUAUUUCUCUUAGUUCUUCUUAGUGCAACUGUGGUUGAUAAAUGGGGAUCUGCUAAUAGCUUGUUGGCCGCAUUAGCUCUUGGAUUAACAUUCCCUCGCAAAGGAAAAACAGCUCGUACAAUGAUUCAUAAGUUAUCUUAUACCGUGUAUACUUUCGUUCUCCCAAUUUACUUUGGCUACACAGGUUUUCAAGCUGACUUCACAAACGCUAAAGACACCAAGAAUUUACUUACCAUCGUUGGGGUUUUACUGUUAUGCAUUGGUGGCAAAAUUUCAGGCACUCUCAUUGCUUGUUGUCGAUUAAAUAUUCCACUGAAAGAAGGGAUUGUGCUUGGUUUACUACUUAAUUUGAAAGGUCACUAUGAUGUUAUGAUCUUAGGAUCCAUCACACUUAAAGAAGAUUGGAAUAAGGGCUUCGUCGAGGUGAUGUUAAUAACAACAAUAUUAAAUACGCUCAUUUCAGGAAUCGCCAUUGUUUUUUUAGUUUCUAAGGACAACAAUACAUUUGCUUAUAGGGCUGUACCCCUUGACCAACAAAACCCGGAAACAGAGCUACGGGUGUUGGCAUGUGUUCAUGGUCCUCGUAAUGUUCCAACUAUGGUAAAAGUCAUUGGAUGGUUGAGUUGGUCAAAAGAUUUACCUAUAUGUGCUUACCUUAUGCACUUGGUUGAGCUUCUCCCUAAGAAAAGGACAAGUAAGAUGUAUCACCAAUUAGAGGAUGACGAACUGAGUGAUGAUGAUGCUUAUGGUGGAAAUGAUGCUGUGGAGAUCAAUAAUGGUGUUGAUGACUUUGUCGGUGAGACGGGAGUAUUUAUUCGCCAAAUGAAGGUUGUUUCAUCCAUAUCAAAACUUUCUGAGGAUGUGUGUGAUAUAGCAGAAGAUUUACGAGCAUCACUUAUAAUCCUCCCUUUUCAUAAGCAUCAAAGAAUAGAUGGGAAAAUGGAAAGUGGUAAGGAGGGUAUACGCACAACUAAUCAGAGAGUGCUUCGCCAUGCGCCUUGCACGGUUGCCAUCCUUGUUGACCGAGGACUUGGAGGGUCUUCACAACAGUCAAAUCAACUUGGUUUAAACACAGUGCCACAUGUUGCAGCUUUGUUUUUUGGAGGAUCUGACGACCGUGAAGCGUUGUCUCUUAGUACAUACAUUGCAAUGCAUCUUGACAUGAACCUUACUAUCAUUAGGUUUCUCCAAGCAUCUUCGAACGACAAUACUCCAGAGAGGAUCAAUGUUUCGUCGGUGGAUAAUGAGCAGAUUUUAAUGGCAAUGCCAAGUCGUGGGGCUCAAGAUGAGGCAGACGAUGCCUUUCUAGAGGAUUUCUACAACAGGUAUGUAACCUCUGGUCAAGUGGGAUACAUAGAGAAGUGUGUGAGGAAUGGAUCCCAAACAGCUACUGCAUUGAGAGACAUCAUUGAUAUGUAUCAAUUGUUCAUAGUUGGGAAUGGGGGACGCCGAAAUUCAGCUAUAACAACUGGGAUGAGUGAUUGGGAAGAAUGCCCAGAAAUCGGCAAUGUUGGAGAUCUCUUGGCUUCUUCGGAGUUUGACCCUAAUUGCUCAGUUUUGAUCAUCCAGCAGUACAAGGCUCCUCUAGAUGACUGACUAACUAACAACUUGUGUAAAUAUAAUGACGAAGAUUUGCUAUAUCCAACCUCCUGGUAUAUGUGUGUCCAAGUUAAGGAAAAUUACUGUGCUUCUUAUUUUGGAAAAGGAGACAUGCACUUCUUCACGUGUCGUGUAUGUUAAACAAGGUGUGCAUUCUAAUUGUUACAUAACCCUAUUCACCAUUACAGUUGCAGUCCGACAACCAUCUCUUGACCGUAUCAUGACAUAUUUAGCUUUGUCAUGGUUUUGGUUUGGUCAAAUAUGUAGGAAUUCUUUAGACAUUAGAGAUCAAAUAGGUUAAUUUAGUUUAGCCAGUGUUCAUUAGAGUUGCUAAAUUAUGUAAGUUUGUAUGCGCCUUUUUAGUUUAGAUUUAUGUUGAUUUGGUAAUACUCUACUAAUUCUUUGGAACUUCGCUAUACUUUGUAGAAUAUUUUAUGUAAGAGAUGUGAUGAUUCUAGGUAGCCUGAAACUGUAAAAAGUAUGUUCUGUUCAUGAAGCUAUUUGUAUGUAAUGUUUAAAUUAGUCAUUCUCUAUUCUACACCAAGUUUUAGUCACUUUUCUCUGUUCUA